AUGGCAGGACAGGCAUUUAGAAAGUUUCUUCCCCUCUUUGACCGAGUUUUAGUUAAAAGGAGUGCAGCUGAAACUGUAACCAAAGGAAGCAUUAUGCUUCCAGAAAAAUCUCAAGGAAAAGUAUUGCAAGCAACAGUAAAAGCUGGUGGAUCGGGCCCUAAAGGAAAGGGUGGAGAGAUUCAACCACUUUGUGUGAAAGUUGGAGAUAAAGUUCUCUCAGAAUAUGGAGGCACCAAAGUAGUUCUAGAUGACAUGGAUUAUUUCUUAGAGAGGGUGACAUUCUCAGAAAGUAUGUAG